UAAAAGACAAAAAGCCAAACAAAAUGCAUCUCUCAUGUGUCAACCUCAUCUACUAACUAGUAAAAAUUAAUUACUACCAGACCAUAGUACUUUCCUAAUUACCAUGUUUCUUUUGCCUCUAAAGUCAUCUCAAAAUUUAUCUUAACUCCUUUGAGAUUCCUCGGAAUUUGUUGGUUCCUGUUCCGAGAUUUGGACCCAUCUUUUUAUAUUCUGUUGUGUUGUGAUUCUCAUAAAGAAAAGUGGCAAUCCAGUGGAUUCCAUCAUCACUGUUACUGAUAAUAUUCUAAUCAAGUUGAAUCAGAAAGAAAGGCUUAGCUUUGCAUGGUGAAAUCAGAGAUGGCGGAGAGUGAAGUGGAGGUGAUUCACUCAUGGUCUGCUCCAAGAUCCCUCAGUACCAGUCUCAUGUAUUCUUUUGCUCAGAGGGAUGACAUAGAAGUGCUUGAUGAGCCUCUCUAUGCAAAUUUCCUUAGAGUAACAGGUCUUGAUAGACCGUAUAGAGAGGAGCUACUCUCAAAAAUGGAAUCUGAUGGAAAUAAGGUCACUACUGACAUAAUUUUUGGUCCAGGAAGGAAGAAAUAUAGAUUCUGCAAGCAUAUAUCAAAGCAACGCUUACAAGGUUUGACUGGUGAUCUAAUGAAGAAAGGAAAGCACUUCAUUCUGAUAAGAAAUCCUCUUGAUAUAUUGCCAUCCUUUGAUAAGGUUGUCCCUCCAUCUUUCUAUGAGUUGGGUUUGGCAGAGCUGGUUUGUAUAUACAAUGAACUUCGUGAGACUGGAAAGGCACCACCUGUUAUUGAUGCUGCAGAACUUCAACAAGAUCCUGAGGCUACCCUACGUGGUCUCUGUGAUGAUCUGGAGAUUCCCUUUCAACCUGCUAUGCUCAAGUGGGAAGCAGGUCCAAAGGAAAUAGAUGGCUUGUGGGCCCCUUGGUGGUACAAGACUGUGCAUAAAUCUACUGGUUUUGAGAAACCUAGAAAGUAUCCAGAGCCAUUUCCUUUUUCUCUGUACAAUUUGUUGGAACAAAGUCUACCCCUGUAUAAGAUGCUUCGGCGUCAUGUGAAGAAAAAAUCAUCUCUUCUGAGCUCUCCUUUACCUACUCCCGAUCUUCCUGUUCCUGCAAAUGAGAAAUUGCUUGCUUGGGUUGGUGACGAGAUUGUACCUCGUGAUAGUGCUAAGGUUUCUGUAUUUGAUUCAGUAGUCCAAGGAGGUGACUCGGUUUGGGAGGGACUUCGGGUGUAUAAUGGAAAGAUAUUUAAGCUUGAGGAGCAUCUAGACAGGUUAUUUGAUUCAGCAAAGGCUUUAGCUUUUGAAAAUGUUCCUAAUCGGGAUGAGAUAAAGGAAGCAAUUUUCAGAACUUUGAUUAGGAAUGGCAUGUUUGACAAUUCACACAUACGGCUUUCCCUAACACGAGGGAAAAAGGUUUCUUCUGGGAUGAGCCCAGCAUUCAAUCUUUAUGGCUGUACAUUAAUUGUGCUUGCUGAAUGGAAACCCCCAGUGUAUGAUAAUACCCGUGGUAUAGCUCUUGUAACUGCUACAACACGCCGUAAUUCACCAAAUAACUUGGAUUCAAAGAUUCAUCACAAUAAUCUUCUCAAUAACAUACUUGCAAAGAUUGAAGGCAAUAAUGCAAAAGCAGAUGACGCAAUCAUGCUUGACCAAGAUGGUUAUUUGUCAGAAACCAAUGCAACUAACAUUUUCGUGGUUAAAAAAGGCCGUGUUUUGACACCUCAUGCCGAUUACUGUCUUCCUGGCAUUACUCGUGCAACUGUGAUGGACCUUGUUGUGAAAGAACAGUUAAUCUUAGAGGAGCGCAGAAUCAGCUUGUCAGAAGUUCAUACUGCAGAUGAGGUCUGGACAACUGGAACAAUGGGAGAACUGAGCCCAGUUGUGAAGGUUGAUGGUCGCAUAAUUGGCAAUGGAGAAGUUGGAGCAAUCACUAGAAGAUUGCAGGCUGCAUAUAAAAAGUUGACAGAAGGGUCUGGUAUACCUAUACCAAACUAUGUUAAGACUUGAAAAGAUUGCAGUUGUAAGCGACAGGAAAAUGCUGCUGCACAUUGCGAAAAGCUACAUAUAUGGAAGCAUUUUCCCCUCAGAAAAAAAAAA